CGGGGGGACCAGGUCCUCGCCCCAGCGGGGCCACCCUCUAGACGGGGCGGGAGGCCGAGCCCCUCCUUUCAGGCCGGGGGGGGGGGCUCUCGCUGUGGGGGAGGGGCAGGGGUAGCCACCCCCAGCUGCAUGCCCUGGCUUAUCCAGUGAGUGUAUAGCUGGCUGUGCCGCCCCGCCCCACAUGGGCCCUGCUGGGCCGCUUGUGAAACGGGGCCCCCCGGUGCAGGAAUCGUAAGGCCCUGCCCUCUUCCCCCCCCCCACCCCCCCCGGGAAAUGGGUCUGCCCAGCGCAGCCACUGCGAGCCCCCCGUGAAACGGGGCUGUCUGGUCCUGCUGCCACAUUUGUACAGGCCUAACGGGCCCCUUCCCAGCACACAUGCACAAAUUAACCAAGGGGCAACUCUGCGAGGCUCAUCUGAGCGGGUUGGGGCCUCCCCCUUCUCUUCCCGUGGGUUGUGAGUGAGCCAGCCUGCCCUGGCAGGUGUGUGUUUGUCUUACAGUUGAGGUUCUCAAAUACCACCCAUGAAAUCCUCAAUGUCACCCUCCACACCAUGCUGUCCAUUACUACUAAAUUGGUGGCUCCUACACCUGCCAAACCUAUCCUUCCAGUGCAGACUGGAGUCCAAGCUCAGCAAGAGGAGCAAUCUAGUGGCAUGACUAUAUUCUUUAGUCUCCUUGUAUUAGCUAUCUGCAUCAUAUUGGUGCAUUUACUGAUAAAAUACAGACUACAUUUCUUGCCAGAGAGUGUGGCUGUUGUUUCAUUAGGUAUCCUCAUGGGAGCAUUUAUAAAAAUUAUAGAGUCUCAAAAACUGGCUAACUGGAAGGAGGAAGAAAUGUUUCGUCCAAAUAUGUUUUUUCUUCUCUUGCUUCCACCUAUUAUAUUUGAAUCUGGAUAUUCAUUACACAAGGGUAACUUCUUUCAGAACAUAGGUUCCAUCACUCUGUUUUCUGUGUUUGGCACAGCAAUUUCAGCUUUCAUUGUAGGUGGAGGAAUUUAUUUUCUGGGUCAGGCUGAGGUAAUUUAUAAACUGAACAUGACAGACAGUUUUGCGUUUGGCUCCUUAAUAUCUGCUGUGGACCCAGUGGCUACUAUUGCCAUCUUCAAUGCCCUUAACGUAGAUCCUGUGCUUAAUAUGUUGGUUUUUGGAGAAAGUAUUCUCAAUGAUGCAGUCUCUAUUGUCCUGACAAACACAGCUGAGGGUUUGACAAGAGAAAAUAUGUCUGAAGUAAGUGGAUGGCAAACGUUUCUCCAGGCACUGGGUUACUUUCUUAAGAUGUUCUUUGGCUCUGCAGCACUUGGCACUCUUACCGGCCUUAUUUCUGCAUUAGUACUAAAGCACAUUGAUUUAAGGAAAACACCCUCCCUGGAGUUUGGGAUGAUGAUUAUCUUUGCUUAUCUUCCUUAUGGACUUGCAGAAGGUAUCUCGCUCUCAGGUAUCAUGGCAAUCCUGUUCUCUGGCAUUGUGAUGUCUCACUACACACACCAUAACCUUUCCCCAGUUACACAGAUCUUAAUGCAACAGACACUGAGAGCCGUUGCUUUCAUGUGUGAAACCUGUGUUUUUGCAUUCCUUGGUCUGUCAAUUUUUAGUUUUCCUCACAAAUUUGAAAUGUCCUUUGUCAUCUGGUGCAUAGUGCUUGUUCUGUUUGGCAGAGCAGUGAAUAUUUUUCCACUCUCUUAUCUGCUCAACUUCUUUCGUGAUCAUAAAAUCACCCCCAAAAUGAUGUUCAUCAUGUGGUUUAGUGGUUUACGUGGGGCAAUUCCAUAUGCCCUGAGCCUCCAUUUGGGCUUGGAGCCAAUAGAAAAGCGGCAGCUCAUUGGGACCACAACUAUCAUUAUUGUGUUGUUCACAAUUUUAUUUUUGGGUGGAGGAACCAUGCCCCUUAUCAGACUGAUUGAUAUUGAGGAUUCUAAAGCGCGAAGAAGGAACAAGAAGGAUAUUAACCUCAGCAAGACUGAAAAGAUGGGUAAUACCAUUGAAUCUGAACAUUUAUCAGAACUCACAGAGGAAGAGUAUGAAGCCCACUACAUAAAGCGCCAGGAUCUCAAAGGCUUUAUGUGGCUUGAUGCCAGGUAUUUGAAUCCGUUCUUCACAAGGCGGCUCACACAGGAGGACCUACAUCAUGGACGCAUACAGAUGAAAAGCCUCACCAACAAAUGGUAUGAAGAGGUGCGACAAGGACCCUCAGGGUCUGAAGACGAUGAACAAGAGCUGCUAUAGCAGGCUAGAGGAAGAGGACUAUAAUGAGUUUAUCAUAGAGCACCAAAAACUAGAUUUAAGUAACAAAAGAUUGACUGUACAAAAGCCCCCGGUUUUAAGAAUGAAGACUUCCUGUUGCAGGUCCCACCAUGUGCUGUUGUACUUAGGUUUCACAGAACCAGAUACACUGUACUUCAUAAGACCAAUUGCUGCUGAACACCUCAUACAAAAGCAGUAUGUGGGUUGAGGAUAGAACUGUACCUUUUAAUUCUGAAUAUCACAGCACUUGUAAGUUGCACUCAGCCCAUUCAAAACUGCAUUGAAAUAACCUUACAUUCUGAUGUAAGCUGUAAAUGCAUGUUACAGUACAGGUUCCAUAAUACGGCUCCACAAAACAGAAUGAGUUGCACUUUAUUGUAUACUUUAAUAUUCAUUCAUAUCUUGGGGCGUCAUGAUGGUUUAUACUGUGAAUUUGUGCCAAUAAGAAUAAUUGAAUCUUUGUCUGGAACAAAACUGUAAUUGGCAUAUUAUGGAUCCAGAAUGCAUAGUGAGCUCCCAGACAAGAAGCAGAUGUUGUGCAUGGACAGAAACACCAGAACCUUUUAAAUACUCAGUGUGUCUGCCAUUGUUGUUGUUUUUUUAAUGUUGAAAUGGCUUAAUCCACUUGCUAUUCCCUAAAGUGUGUUUUUAAAUGAGAAAGCAUAGAACUGGAUUUGAAAUCCAUAGAUUUUUUUUAAUUAUUUAUCCCACACUGUCCCCCCCCCCACUCCAGUAACUUAUAAAUGGUUACACUUUUUUAACAAAAAAUUAUAAUAAAGGUUGUUCCUAGCUGCUACUACAGACUUUGAUUCUCAGGAAGCAGCUGUUUUUGCUUUGCCUAAAUUCCUGAAAUGUCCCUAACAUGCCUGAGGGUUCAUGAGGAAUGUAGGGAGGUUUUUAAAUUUUUUUUGAAACACA